UGUUAGCCUACCAAUAAUCCAAGACACAUUUUGUUUAUGGGAAUGCUUACUGAAACUUAAGAAUAAUCGCUGUGACCGACUUAGAGUAAAACUUAAACACUUGGAAAAUAUGGUCAGUGUACUACAAAAUGAGCUAUUUGAAGCAAAAAAGGCAGCAUUACAGUUAGAGCUUCAAAAAAUUGAAUGGGAGAAAGAGCUGUACAAUUUGAGAUUUGCCUUAAAACAAGAAAAGGAGGAGAAAAGAAAUGCCAAUAUAUUGUAUAAUAAAUAUCGUGAACAGUUAAGAAUAAAAGAAGAGGAAUAUAAGAAAGUGGUUGAAAUAAAGCAACAAGUUGAAUGGAAUCUGAGAAGAGUUGUUAAAGAAUUGAGGACAGUAAGAAUGAACUUGGAUCUGGUUAUGCAGGAGCGAAAUGAUGCCCAGAAGCAACUUUCUGAAGAACAGAAUGCCAGAAUAUUACAAGAUCAGAUUCUGACCAGGAAAGAAAAGGAACUAGAAAUGGCUCAAAAGAAAAUUAAUUCUGAGAUAAAGAAAACAAGACAAGCCGUGGCUAAAGGUGCAGACAUGGCCAAGUCCAAGAACCACACCACACACAACCAGUCCCGAAAAUGGCACAGAAAUGGUAUCAAGAAACCCUGAUCACAAAGAUACGAAUCUCUUAAGGGGGUGGACCCCAAGUUCCUGAGGAACAUGCGCUUUGCCAAGAAGCACAACAAGAAGGGCCUAAAGAAGAUGCAGGCCAACAAUGCCAAGGCCAUGAGUGCACGUGCCGAGGC